GCGUAACUCUGUAGUCCAAAAUGGCGUCUUUCGUCUUGUUAUUCUGCGACUCGGUGUACGGUAAAUAAAGUCAAUUUUUAUGACCACCGUCAUCAUUUCACAGCGCAGAUAGGUUCUGGUCAUUGUUUGGAAGUAAAUAAACAUAGAAACGUUCCGAGCGCAUGUGGUGUACAUAGCAUCAAAUGGAGAUAUGCCGUCUACUGUAUGUGUGUCGUGUAAGCGUCUAGUGUGCCCUGGAGGAAGAGUAAAAGAAGGAAAUUUCCAUAUACUAAUACGCAAUGAAACUAUUACAGAAAUAUUGGAUAAAGCUGACUUUCAACCAGAGUCAGUCGAUCACCAUUAUACUGCUGAUAUUGUAACGCCAGGUUUUAUUGACAUUCAUAACCAUGGAGUGGGACGCACUGAAGGACCAGAUGGCUUAGACUUGGAUAAGUACUGGAAAUAUCCAGAAUAUCCACAGAAGCUGUUUCCCAAGUUAGGAGUCACCUCGUUUCUUGCUACCAUGGUGUUACCAAAGGAUAACAAAAAAUCCGAAACAUUUGAAAUUAUUCAAACACUUGAAAUCAUAAUAGGAAAGCCUGGUAAUGGUGCUAUCUGUGAAGGCAUACAUGCAGAGGGACCAAUUGUCAAUGACUUAGGGGGUCUUCCAGAAAGCGACAAUGAGAUGGACAUUACAGAGUUUACCAGGCUGUUAGAUUCAAUGCCGAGCUGUAAAGUUAUGACUAUAAGUCCCCAUGUUGAUAGGAAAUCAGAUUAUCAGAGAAUAAAACUGCUUCAUGAAAGAGGUAUUGUUCCAUCCCUUGGCCAUGACAAAAUAGCCACAGAAGAUGACAUACUUGGUGCACUGCAAACCGACCCGUCAGUACAGUUCCACAUCACACAUAUAUUCAACGUCUGUACUUUUCACCACAGGAAUCCAAGUUUGGUAAAUUUUGGUUUGACUGAAGUAUUUCCCAAGUUGGACAAAUAUAGUGGAUUGACACCACCAUCAGUUGAAGUCAUUGGUGAUAUGCGUCAUGUUCACCCUCUGACUAUUUCAACACUUUUGAAAACAAGGAGUAUCAAUAAUGUAGCCUUUAUAUCAGAUUGUACGGCUGAAUCAAACCCGGGAAAGAAAGUGAAAUAUUGUGGUAGAGAUGUGGAAGUGUCGGCUGAUGGCAAAUGUCUUUAUUUGAGUGGCAGCGAGACAAUUGCAGGCAGUUGCUGCUCAGUAAAAGAUGCAUUCCAUUCAUUGGUUGAAACUCUUGGUUUGAAUAUUGGAGAAGCAGUUGCUAUGGUGACCGAGACGCCAGCCAGAAUUGCAAAAUUGGAUCACAUUGGGAAAAUAGAAGUCAACAAGAGAGCUGACUUGUUGCUUUUUGAUAGUGAAUUAAAUCUGCAGAAAACUAUAGUAGCUGGACAAUUGGUUUAUUCCGCAUAAACUAGCAAGAAAAGAUACUAUUAGUAUUGAGCAAUAUACAAUAAAUGUAGUUUAUGGUUUACACACA